UAUUAUUAAAUAAAUGAACAGAAAGACAAAACCCGUCAAAUGGACGUUAAUGAAGUAUUCUCUAUGAAUCUUGUAGGUACCAAACACUAAUGACAACUCGACGUUCAGCUAUUCUAAUUGUACUGGGAUGGGUUCAUUCAGUAUUCUGGCCUGUAGCACCGUUGCUUGGAUGGGGAGAAAUCGUCAUGGAUCCUAUGACCAACACCUGUAGACCAAACUUUGGUGGAAAAGGCGUGGUAUCGAAAACCUAUGCAAUGGUUAUGUCAUUCUUUAGCUUUGUAAUCCCAACCGUUGUCAUGAUUGGCUGUUACUGCCAAAUCUUCAGAGUAGCACGAAACCAGGUCAAGUUAAUCAACAAGAAUUCGAUUGAGACAAGACAAAAUGGCGGUUCUCAUAGAAACAAAGCGAACGAAUCUAAAGCUUUAAAGACAGUUCUUUUGGUGUUGGGUGCUUUUGUUCUCGCUUGGCUUCCUUACACUAUAAUCUCGACAGGCAAACUUGUGACAAGAUGGAACAUUGGGCCAACAAGUGCAAAUGCUGUCCUGACGAUCACAUUGAUAAACGGCUCGAUCAAUCCUUUUAUCUACUCUUUACGAGACAAGCGUUUCAAAGGAGGUUUCAAGAAAAUCAUCUGUUCAUGUGGAAAAAACUUGGUUGAGGAUACAAUGGAUUCCUACGUUUCAUCAGUACGACGCACCCAGGCAAGCCAACCAGAAAUCAAUGCUCAAGAUACCCACUUAUGAAUGCAAGAUAACMAAGCAACUUAGAACUUGACCACUAUAGGGCUGGAUUUCCACACAAAACUAUUGAUUUCCACAGCCAGAAAUUGAGAACGAAAAGACGUACUUGUAAAUCAGUAAAAAAGGUCAGACACUUUUAAACCUCAUGUUUGUAAGUAAAUUUCCAACUUUUGAAGGUUGAGSAAUGUUUCAAGAAAACAAAGGCGUAAAAUCAAUGUACU